UCCUCCCGCUCCGCUCCGCCGCUAUUCCCGGAGACAGCGCCUCCAUUUUGCAGGGACAGCCGGCGGAUCGGCAGCGGCUCGUGACGGACCGUGCAGCCGACGGAAGGACAGCGUCCCUCGGCGGAACUUUUGGCGGGCUGAAGUAGCUUUUAUUUGGGAUGGCGGCGCUGCCGCGGCUCGCUGCCCGGGCGGAGCGGGGUUUCUGAGGAUUUAUUUAUGCGUUGUUUCUGUUCCUGCGCUGAAAUCGUCCUUCUAACGGAGCGGAGGAGAGGAGGCGGUUCGGUUCGGAUGAUCAGAUUCCCAGCAGAGGCGGGGCAGUGAGCAUGCUCAGAUCGCCCCUGGUCACCAUGGAGGUCUUCAGCCAGGCCUGCAGCGGUCAGAACUGCCAGACCAACAAUGGGUCAAAAGUCUACUGUUACUCGGCCCGGAUCCGCAGCACGGUGCUGCAGGGCCUGCCGUUUGGAGGCGUGCCCACCGUGCUCGCCCUCGACUUCAUGUGCUUCCUGGUGCUGCUGUUUGUCUUCUCCAUCCUGAGGAAGGUGGCCUGGGACUAUGGCCGCCUGGCGCUGGUCACCGACGCAGACAGCGUUGCCUCAGCGAUGCACUCGGAGACUCCGGACCGCUACGAACGUCUCACUUCGGUAUCUAGUUCAGUUGACUUCGACCAGAGAGACAACGGCUUUUGUUCGUGGCUCACAGCCAUUUUCAGAAUAAAGGACGAGGAGAUUCGUGAGAAGUGUGGCGAGGACGCUGUGCACUACCUGUCCUUCCAGAGACACAUCAUUGGCCUUCUGGUGGUCGUUGGAGUUCUCUCUGUUGGGAUCAUUCUGCCGGUGAACUUCUCUGGAGACCUGCUGGACAACAACGCCUACAGCUUUGGACGCACCACGAUAGCCAACCUGAAGUCUGGAACCAACUUGCUGUGGCUCCACACCGCGUUUGCCUUCAUGUAUCUGCUGCUGACCGUCUACAGCAUGAGGAGACACACGUCUAAGAUGCACUACAAGGAGGAUGACCUGGUGAAACGCACUUUAUUCAUUACCGGCAUCUCUAAGUAUGCUGAGGAGAGUCAGAUCAAGCAGCACUUUGAGCAGGCAUAUGACAACUGCACGGUGCUGGAGGCUCGGAUCUGCUAUAAUGUGGCCAAACUGAUGGCUCUGAAUGCUGAGAGGAAGAAGACCGAGCGCAGUAAGAAGUUCUUCACAGACCUGAUGGCGAAGGAGCAUGUUCCCACCAUGAUCAACCCCAAACCCUGUGGACACCUCUGCUGCUGCGCCAUCACAGGCUGCGAGGAGGAGGAGGCGGUCAGCUUCUACACCAAGCGGGAGGCUAAGCUGAAGGAGGAGUACAGGAAAGAGAAAGAAAAGGUUCACACCAAACCGCUGGGCAUGGCCUUCGUCACUUUCCAAAACGAGUCCAUGACCGCCAUCAUCUUGAAGGACUUUAAUGCCUGUCAGGUUCAGGGUUGCCGCUGCCACCAGGAGCCUCGUUCCUCUCAGUUUAGCGACGUCCUUCACGUUCACAACUGGAGCGUCACGUAUGCACCUGACCCCCAGAAUGUCCGCUGGGAGAACCUGUCGUUGGGUGGGAUCUCUUGGUGGAUCCGUUGCUUUGUGAUCAACUGCAUCCUGUUUAUUCUCCUGUUCUUCCUCACCACGCCGGCAAUCAUCAUCUCCACCAUGGACAAGUUCAAUGUGACCAAGCCUGUGGAAUAUCUCAACAACCCGAUCAUCACUCAGUUCUUCCCCACCCUGCUGCUCUGGGCCUUCUCUGCUCUGCUACCCACCAUCGUCUACUACUCUGCCUUUUUUGAAGCCCACUGGACCAGGUCUGGAGAAAACAGGACAACAAUGCACAAAUGUUACACCUUCUUGAUCUUCAUGGUUCUGCUGCUGCCAUCUCUAGGACUCACCAGUCUGGACGUGUUCUUCCGCUGGCUGUUUGAUAAGAAGUUCCUGGCUCAUGCUAAAAUCAGAUUCGAGUGUGUCUUCUUGGCCGAUAAUGGAGCAUUCUUCGUGAACUACGUGAUCGCUUCUGCCUUCAUCGGUAACGCCAUGGACCUACUGAGGAUCCCCGGCCUGCUCAUGUACAUGAUUCGGCUCUGCCUGGCCCGCUCCGCUGCUGACCGCCGAAACGUCAAAAGGCACCAAGCUUAUGAGUUCCAGUUCGGAGCUGCUUACGCCUGGAUGAUGAACGUUUUCACUGUGGUGAUGGCUUACAGCAUCACCUGCCCCAUCAUCGUCCCCUUCGGGCUCAUGUACAUGCUGCUGAAACACCUGGUGGACAGGUACAACAUGUAUUAUGCUUACCUGCCCUCUAAACUGGACAAGAAGAUCCACUCUGGAGCUGUCACUCAGGUGGUAGCCGCGCCCAUCCUCUGCCUCUUUUGGCUUCUCUUCUUCUCCACUGUACGCACAGGGUUUGAAACACCGACCUCCAUGUUCACUCUGGUGGUCCUGGUUGUCACCAUCGUGGUCUGCCUGUCUCACGUCUGCUUCGGCCACUUCAAGUACCUGAGUGCCCACAACUACAAGAUCGACACAAAGGAAACCGAAGCUGACGCGGUCAAGAAUGGACGUCCUGCUCGUCCUUCGUCAUCCCCGUCCACCAAGUCUCAGCAGCAGCAGGCCCAGCAGCAGCAGAUGUACAUCGCCCAGGUGCUCCAGGACCUGAACUCGGACGAGCCGGGCGGCGGCAGCAGCGAGGAGGACCGGGGCUCGUCUCAGGACGAGGAGAUGCUGAACGGAGGCAGCAGCAUCAAUGAGGCGGAUUUCCAGUCGGGGGAGGACAGUCUGAUCGCCAACGAGGUCCACCAGUAGCUGGAGGCGGAGCCAGAGGGGUGGGCGGAGCUAGUCGGCCGUCAGUUAAAAGAAAAGCUGACUGGAGAUUCAGUGCUCGCACUCAGACAGUAGUCUGGCUCGGUUAGCUCCGCCCCCUCUCAGCCUGAAGACUCGACCCUGACCUUUGACACCAGCGCCACCAUCCAGCCGCUCACAGGAAGUCACUGUACAUAACCACAAAGCCAAACCCGUUUCAGUUCUUUGGGUCUGCGUAGACGUGGCUGGCCUGGAUUCUGUUUGUUCCCUCUUGUGUUUGGACUCCUGAUGGUUCUGUGGGUCAUCAGAACCCGUCCUGUUCCUUGCCCUCGUCUGGUGGAUAUCCCCAAACCAUCCCCAGGCGCUGAUGCCGUCCCAGUAUUGGACUGCAGUUCUUGUAGAUAUAGAACCCACGCUCCAGUUGGACCAGAACGGUACCUCUGUCCCGCCUCCCUGUUCUGUUCUGCUCAUCUCCAGGAUGUUCUGUUGUUCUGACCCAUUCAGCUUCAUGCUGCAUGUUCCUAAAACAAUGUCACCUCAGUGGGACAGGUUCCGGUCCGAAUCCUGGUGGUUCUUGCUGGAUGAAUAUUCUUUACCUGAACCAGCAGACCGAUUUCAUUUCACCUGGACGUUCUUAAAGGGAUCAGAGCGGUCCAAGUCUGCGGGUUCUGUGAGACUCUUGGACUCUUUCAGCAGCAGGAUUGGGUUUUGAGUCGGCUCAGAAGAGCAGCGCCUUUUCUCCAGUCGGUCCGACCCGGCACCUGAAGUUGUCGGGGCUCUCGAUGGAUAUGUGCGUGUGUGUGUUGUAGCUUAUUGUUCUCCAGUCUGCACCUUGUGUGGUUCCAGAUCUGCAGGCAUCCAGAACCAGCACCAGCAGUUCCAGGUCCCCCCAAAGGGGUCAUUAGUUCUGCUAAAUGUUCCAUCUGUGGUAGAAAAAGUCCAGAACAUGAGGGGCAGAGUCAUUUCCUGGUUGUUGAUGCCCCGCUCCACCCCAUCUCCUAUCAGAACCUCCUGGUUCCUCACCUGGAACAUGUUGGAACGUUCUUUGACCCAAAUGACCCAUUUUCCAUAUGUGCCAAUUAUUGUUCUGCAGGUCUGCCUCUGGUUUCAGUUAGCGAUGGAACCACAGAUGGGUCGGAACCACGUUGUCUCAUAAACUCUAGUCUUCACUGUCGAGUACACUGAGCUGGUUCUGCUUGGUAACAGAACCCUGUAGCCCCUCCCCUCCAAGUGACGCAUACCAGCGGUGUUCAGGGAGCAGAUUGAUGGGCGGAGCCUGGUCAGAUGGCUGAUGUCCAAAUGUACUGAGAACAAGUCUUGACAUGGUUCUGUUUGGGGACGUCGUAGAACUCUGUGACUGUAGGCUCACCUGAAGUUCUGCGGGUUGUUGGCGCCAGAAGUUUGCCGGUUGUUCUCCGUCCUUCUAAAACUGGGUCAGAACUGGACCGGUUCUGUCAGCCUCCAGGUCUCGUGUUCUAACCAGAACUCCCACUUGUUUGGGUUGGAACUACAUCAUGCUCCUGUUUCUGUCUGAGCUCUGUUACCAUGGCAACGGGAAACGGUGGCGCGGCGACGAUGAAAAGUCUCAGGUGUUCGUUUUUCAUCUAUUAAUGUUUACAUCAGUUUGUUGUUUUGUUCUGCACUGUGUGUGUGCGUGCGUGUGCGUGCGUGUGUGUGCGUGUGUGUGUGUGUGUGUGUGUGUGUGUGUGUGUGUGUGUGUGUAGCACAGAGCUGGACAAUGAAGGCUGCAGCCGUCAGGACUCUGCUGUCCGAUGUUCGGCGGCUGACCACGUGAGAACCUGCGGCGUUUGUGUAGUUGUGUUACUUCAGCCUGGUUCUGGUGAAGCUGCAGGUUUUGCUCCCAGCGGGUCCGAGGUCCCAGUCCAAGACUCAAAAGUUCAGCUCAGCACCUUUAAACCUUCUGGACCAGACUUGGUUUUUAAAUUUCUCCCACCGGUUCGUCCCAGGAUCCACUUAGUCCCUCGGAUGUUCCCUGGAGUUAAAACCUGACCCCACUCUGGGUCUGACCCAGCUGUUUGACCCUCAGAACCUCCUCCAGGAGACUCAUGCUGGUCUGGGUCAAACCAGUUCAAUUGGUUCUGGUUCUUAGGAGCUGAGCUGAAGCUGAGAGCUUCUGUCAUUAAAAGAAGUCUGUGUGAUAUUUUUGUAUUUUGCUGACUGAAGUAUUUGAUACCGAACACGUGUUAAAGACUAAGCUGUGACGACGCUGUUGAAGGUGUUUAAAAAUCAGCCACUUUUUGCUUUUUUAGUUUUUUAACUUGUUGAACUUUCUGAAGUGCGAAAUCAAGAAUGUGACGAUAAUGUGAGCUGAAAGCUGCACAAAGUUAAAAUGUGGAACGAUGAAAUGCGUGUAAAUAGCCAUCCAACCGCAGCGUCUCCUCGGCAACCCUCAGCUUCAUUUCAUGAUUUAAUUUAUUGCUACGACACUAUUUAUUUCUACUCUGUAUGUUCAGUGAAACAUUUGUCCUAUUUAUGUUCCAUGAUCAAUAAAACUGGCUCCCAUCUGCA